UGCAGCUCUAGACACUCAGACAAACUGAAAUUGUAACAAUGUCUCACGGAUGGGGAUACGCAGAAAACAACGGACCUGACAAGUGGUGUGAAAGCUUUCCAAUUGCUAACGGACCUCGACAGUCUCCCAUCGAUAUAGUUCCCAGUGCUGCGCAGUACGACCCCGCGCUGCAGCCGCUAGUGCUGAAGUAUGACCCUUCCACCUCCAUUGACAUUCUCAACAACGGACAUUCCUUUCAAGUGACCUUCGCUGACGACAAUGACAAUUCAACCCUGACCGGGGGACCCAUUUCUGGGACAUACAGACUGAAGCAGUUCCAUUUCCACUGGGGUGCAAAUGAUGGCAGAGGCUCUGAACACACUGUAGGUGGGACCAAAUAUGCUGCUGAGCUUCAUCUUGUUCACUGGAACACAAAAUACCCCAGCUUUAGUGACGCGGCCAGUCAGCCUGAUGGGCUUGCUGUGGUUGGAGUGUUCCUGGAGGUUGGUGGUGAAAAUCCUCAGCUCCAGACAGUUCUCGAUGCCCUGGAUCCCAUUAAGGCCAAGGGCAAACAGACAUCAUUCGCAAACUUUGACCCUAGUACCUUGCUUCCAAGUACUUUGGAUUACUGGACUUACGAUGGGUCCUUGACCACACCCCCUCUGCUAGAGAGCGUCACCUGGAUUGUGUGCAAGCAGUCAAUCAGCGUCAGCCCUGCACAGAUGCAAAAAUUCCGUAGCUUGCUGUUCACUGCAGAUGGGGAGGAGCCAUGCUGCAUGGUGGACAACUACCGUCCCCCUCAGCCUCUGAAGGGUCGUACUGUCCGUGCAUCUUUCAAAUAAGGGGCCACAGACUCCCAGAUUCCUCUUUACGAGGCUU